AUGAAGUUGGUUUUAAUAGCCAUCUUCUCCGUAAUCCUACUUGUUGUUUGUGAGCCGCAACAAGAAGCCCUGGCUGAUGGAGAUACGUCAGGCCUUUACUAUAACUUUGACAAAAGCUAUGGAUGGAACUUCGAUAGUAGAUUUGAUGAAAGUCGAUACGAUGAAGUAGAUCAUAGCCAAAGGUCAGAUCGAAGCAGGGACAACAAAUCGCGAGAGCAAGGUGAUCCAGACAUUAAGAAAGAAGAUCAGAAUCACAAUGACAGAAACAGAGAAAAACAGAACGAUCAUAGAGAAAGUGAUAGAUACCGUUAUAGAGAAAAUGAUAAGGACAAUAAUGGUAAAAACGAAAGAUAUAACGAACGUGAUAAAAAGCGGGAAGAAGGUAAUGAUAAUGUAGACAGCAACAGAGACGAUAAAGGUCGUUCUGAUAAAAAUAAAGACUACAUCAAAGAAGACAAAAAUAGAGAUAAGUCUCAAGAUAAAUAUAGCAAGAAAGGAAAUGAAUCAGAUAAUCGAAACGGUGAAAAGCAGCUUAGUCAGAAAAUAGAUAGUACGCAAGAAAGUGAUAAGGAUAAAAACUACGAUAGUCAAAAUCAAUAUAAUAAAUCUAGCCGUGACGACCAAACCAAUCAACGUGGAUUUGAUAAACAAGCCAAAGAUCGAGGCUAUAAAAAUAACAAUGAAAAAGAUAACUAUGAAUCAAAAAAUAAAAACGAUAAAGACAGAAAACAGGAAAAAGAGAGCAGGAAUAAAGAAAAUGAUAAGAACGAGAAAGAUAUAAAGAAAUAUGAAAAUGAUAGUAAAAAUAAAAACGACGCAAAUAAUAAUAACAAAAAAGAAAAAACUAAUGAAAACAAAGACGACCGACGCAGGUAUCAAGAAGACGUAAACCGUGAUGACAAACAAAAUCAAGAGUACAACUAUGAUAGUAAGUACAAUGUACAAUCAAACAAAAAUCUAAAUAAUGGUAAUGAUGAAUAUAGUCGUGAGCCUGAAUAUAAAGACAGUUCAAGACGUGAUGAUAAAAAUAGAGAUACCAAUAACAAUUAUCAAUACAAAGGAGAAAAACAGAGUUAUUCGAGAUCAAAAAGUGACAGCUAUAGUAAUGAUAAUAAAGAAAAAUCCUAUACUAAUCAAUCACCAGGUUAUGGUUACAGUUACUUAGAAAGCCUAAUCACAGCACCUAAAUCUAACUCUGACAGCUCAAAUGUCAAAGCGAUCGAAGGUCCUAAAUACAAAGAUAGCAGGAGUAAAGACCAAGGUAAAAAGGAAGAAGUUAUUGAAAUUCAUGGUUACAUCAGUAAAGGAAACGAAAAAAGUGAUAAGCAAGUAGAAGUUGACGUUAUUGUUAAAAAGGCUGAUACUGUUUUAGGAACAGGGCUGGAUACAAAAGGAGGAAUCCAUAUACAUAAAGUCCUAAACAAUGAAGGAAACGAAAAAGGUUACCAAAUAAAAGAACCACAAAGUGAACUUAAAUACGAAUACAUAAAACCUGGUAAAAAAACUGAAAAUAAAGAAAAAGAUUAUAGGGAGUUAUUUAAUAACCAUGUUCAAGACAAAAAGGACCUUCUUGGAGGAAUAGAGUUUCUCGGUUUAAUUAGUAACAUAGGGCAAGAAAUAAAGGAACAGGUGAUUGAAAAAAUUCCAGGAUAUCAUAUUAUUCAAAACUUAGAUCCUAGAAGGCAGAAGAAUAAAAGUAUACAAGAGUAUAACUACGAUCAGAACCAAAAAAACCCAAAAAUUGAUCUUGAAGUGUAUUACCCUCCAAAAAAACAAGACGAAGAUAGUAAGAAAGUUGAAGAAAAAUCUUAUACUGAAUUCGACAAACAAGAUAAAAAUAAAAAAGAAAGUGUUAAUAGCAAAUAUUUACAUCAGGACGGAAAACUUAUAAAUGGAAAAGAAGACACUUAUAAAAGUACGGACAAAAAUGAAAAACACGAUAGGGGUGAGAUGAAUACUCAAAAAUACGUUACAAGCCAUAGCUACGAUAACGAAAAAAACAAUGAGGCGUACCAAUAUGAAUUAAACUAUAAUUCGGGAAACUCAUAUAAAAAAGCUGAAAAAAGCGAUAUAACAGAACAAACAUACAAGAAUCGGCAAGAUGGAAGAUAUCAAGAUCCUAAUUACUUUUAUGAACCUCUAAAGGUUAAGCAAGACCUAGUGAACUUUAAUCGUGACGAUGACUAUCCAAGUCGCGAAUAUUUACCCCAGGAUAGAGGUAUAAGUCAUGGUCCAGAUUAUCAAGGUCCUGGAUAUUCAAAGCAACCAGACAGAAUAAAUCCGUUACAAGAUUAUAUCAGAAGCAAGCAAAAGGAAGAAAAAUAUAUCUAUGAUUAUACUAUAGGAAAUCUUGAAAAACAGGGUCCAGUAUAUAAUUAUAAUACACCCUAUUCAAUACUACCCUACCCUGAUAAUAAGAGUUUCGGACAAUAUGAUAAGCAAAGGGAUUACAGUAAUUACAAUGAUUACAGGCCAGCUAACGAGUACGAAUAUAAUAGUAAACAUAAUUACGAUCCAAAACCGAACGAAGGCUGGAGCUAUCAAGGAUUUCCUAUUAAUGACCAAGGUAAAGAAAAGCUUGAAAAGAAAAAUAAUUUUCCUAAAUACGAAAAAGAUAAAGAAGAUCAAGGCGACAUACGCAACGGUAACCCCUACAACGGAUACAAAAACUACGAUGAUUUCCAUUAUAGAGAACCAUAUUACGUAAAUAAGGGUUACCCUAAUUAUAUAUUACCGAAUUAUAACCAAGGUCUCAUUGGAAGUGGAUUUGGUUUACCCCAUCCCUAUCCAUUACCCAAUUUAAUUAAUCCUCUAAGUCAACAAAUAUUGGGAUCUGCUGGAAGGGUACAGAAAUAUAAUCAAAACUAUAUAAACAUGCCUCAACAGCGCGACUACAAUCUGCAUUUCGGCGAAUCAAAAUCUAUUGAAUCUUAUCCUAAAUUUGACGACGCUAAUAAUUACUAUGAAUAUAGAAAUCCAGUUUAUGAUACAGCCUACCAGAGUUCUAAUAAGGAAUACAUGUAUCAAUAUCAACUACCAUAUGCCACGGCCACCUUCUCCUUGAUCCUACUCGUUAAUUGCGAGCCGCAACGUGGCUACCCAAAUGAUGAGCAGUUGACCAUAAACUCUAAUAGCAAUCGAUACGAGAAUCGUUAUAAAAACGAUCGCCGCAAGGAAGGGAACCCGAGAAAUCAGGAGAGAGAUAAUGAAGAACGUGAUCAGAGAGAGUAUAGAAACCAAGGCAGAGAAAGAAGUCGAGGAAAUCAAGGUUCUGAUAAUGUAGAUGGCCGUGUGACAGAAAGACACGGAGCCUACGGUGGGAACUAUGGAUAUCCUUCGCAUGAAGGAUUGGACUACGCCAACGUAGCCGAACUCCUCUCGGGUAGAGACAACUACAGAGAACUAAAAAAGGAUGACAGACGUAACAAGGAAUAUAAGAAUCGCGAAUAUGAUCCAUACUAUCCAAAAAUCCCGAAUGAUUUCUACGAAAGGUUUCCCUAUCCCGGCUUUGCGGGCCGCACAGGUCUAGGAUUUCAGAGAAGAACUUAUCUCGUUAAUGGCUACACAAGCCCUCUUUCCCAAGAGUUACUAGAAAUUGUAGGAAAACGUCGGGACUUUGUAUAUGACAAAAACUACCACAGAGUGAGCGAUUAUUAUGAUCUAUAUGAACCUAAGCAAGAGCCAAGAAAUGAUGACAGUGAGCUGUAUUACGGAAAAAAGGAGUAUAAAUAUGAAAGACAAGAUCUAUAUAAGACUCCCUAUCCCGAGGUACGGCCUUUAGAAUAUCAAAAGGGUUUGGUUAACGGUGUUAAUAAUCCCAUAGGAAGAGAACUUUUGGAAACAGGUGGAAAAAACUAUAACUACAAUAGUGCUUAUUACCCAAAUUUGUACUAA